AUGCUGAUAGAAAAAUGGGUUGUAGAUGAACAAAGGAACAGAGAAAAGAGACUGUCGAGUGGACAGGCGUGGGAGCGGGUGAGAGGCAACCGGCUGGAUGGCUCGCUCGACUGCUUCCUAAAAAAGCCUAACGCAAACAGGAUGGAGGACGAUGAUACGAGAAAACCCACAGCAGGCAACCAAUCAUUCACCCCAACCUACCCUUACCUGAAAUACCAAAACGGACAAGUGCAGAAAAAAUACCAGAACGGACGAGUGUACUGGAUUUCUUAA